AUGUUACCUACUGCACCAAUGUUACCUACUGCACCAACGAUACCUACAGCACUAAUGUUACCUACUGCACCAAUGUUACCUACUGCACCAACGAUACCUACAGCACUAAUGUUACCUACUGCACCAAUGUUACCUACUGCACCAACGAUACCUACAGCACUAAUGUUACCUACUGCACCAAUGUUACCUACUGCACCAACGAUACCUACAGCACUAAUGUUACCUACUGCUCCAAUGUUACCUACUGCACCAACGAUACCUACAGCACUAAUGUUACCUACUGCACCAAUGUUACCUACUGCACCAAUGUUACCUACUGCACCAACGAUACCUACAGCACUAAUGUUACCUACUGCACCAAUGUUAUCUACUGCACCAAUGUUACCUACUGCACCAACGAUACCUACAGCACUAAUGUUACCUACUGCACCAAUGUUACCUACUGCACCAAUGUUACCUACUGCACCAAUGUUACCUACUGCACCAAUGUUACCUACUGCACCAACGAUACCUGCUGCACCAACGAUACCUACUGCACCAACGAUACCUACUGCACCAACGAUACCUACAGCACUAAUGUUAUCUACUGCACCAAUGUUACCUACUGCACCAACGAUACCUGCUGCACCAACGAUACCUGCUGCACCAACGAUACCUACUGCACCAACGAUACCUGCUGCACCAACGAUACCUACUGCACCAACGAUACCUACUGCACCAACAAUACCUACUGCACCAACGAUAACUGCUGCACCAACGAUACCUACUGCACCAACGAUACCUACUGCACCAACGAUACCUACUGCACCAACGAUACCUACUGCACCAACGAUACCUGCUGCACCAACGAUACCUACUGCACCAACGAUACCUGCUGCACCAACGAUACCUGCUGCACCAACGAUACCUACUGCACCAACGAUACCUGCUGCACCAACGAUACCUACUGCACCAACGAUACCUACUGCACCAACGAUACCUACUGCACCAACGAUACCUACUGCACCAACGAUACCUACUGCACCAACGAUACCUACUGCACCAACGAUACCUGCUGCACCAACGAUACCUACUGCACCAACGAUACCUGCUGCACCAACGAUACCUACUGCACCAACGAUACCUACUGCACCAACGAUACCUGCUGCACCAACGAUACCUACUGCACCAACGAUACCUACUGCACCAACGAUACCUGCUGCACCAACGAUACCUACUGCACCAACGAUACCUGCUGCACCAACGAUACCUGCUGCACCAACGAUACCUGCUGCACCAACGAUACCUACUGCACCAACGAUACCUACUGCGCCAACGGCUGGCCACUGA